UUCCUCUUGAGCAGCCUACAGCACCAGAACGCCGCUCUCUCUCUCUCUCUCUCUCUCUCCCCUCGAAACUAUGGAGACCUUCCGGUUCUCACCGUGCCAGUCACCUCUUCUACGCCCUAAGCGUUUGGAUUUGGCCCCACAUACCUUCAUUGGGAUCCACAACAACAGAAGGGACCUCGCCGUCAAGACAUACAUCGCCGCCACGCUAUCUGAACCUGCGGCGUCGAUUUCCUCAACGGCCGUUACCUCCCGCGACAACCCGUUACACAUCUCCACCCAACCCUCCUCCCCUUCUCCGAAAAUCAAAGUCUCUCCCGGUUCCCUGCAGUACCCGGCCGGGUUCCUCGGGGCCGCCAUACCGGUCCGUACGGUUCCCAAUGUCGGUGACGGUGAGAAUAUUACCGACGCUAUGGGCUACCUGACAAACAUACUCUCGUCCAAGGUCUAUGACGUGGCCAUCGAAUCACCUUUGCAACUUGCGCCGAAGCUCUCGGAGCGUCUUGGCGUCACGGUUUUGCUCAAGCGGGAGGAUUUACAGCCUGUUUUCUCUUUCAAGCUGCGUGGAGCUUACAAUAUGAUGGCAAAAAUCCCAAAAGAACAGUUGGAUAGAGGGGUUAUCUGCUCAUCAGCUGGAAAUCAUGCUCAAGGGGUUGCAUUAGCUGCCAAGAGACUUGGCUGCAAUGCUGUGAUUGCUAUGCCCGUCACGACACCAGAAAUCAAGUGGCAAUCUGUCGAGAGGCUGGGUGCAACAGUUGUUCUUGUGGGGGAUUCUUAUGAUGAGGCACAAACAUAUGCCAAAAAACGGGCCACAGAGGAGGGCCGUACAUUCGUACCUCCUUUUGAUCACCCAGAUGUCAUCAUGGGGCAGGGAACUGUUGGAAUGGAAAUUGUGCGACAAAUGAAAGGUCAUUUGCAUGCAAUCUUUGUGCCUGGGGGUGGUGGGCUAAUAGCUGGUAUUGCUGCUUAUGUUAAGAGGGUUUGUCCUGAGGUAAAGAUUAUCGGGGUGGAGCCCUCUGACGCGAAUGCAAUGGCACUAUCUUUACAUCAUGGUCAAAGAGUGAUGUUGGACCAAGUUGGAGGUUUUGCAGAUGGGGUAGCUGUCAAAGAAGUUGGCGAAGAAACCUUCCGCAUAUGCCAGGAUCUGGUAGAUGGUGUAGUCCUUGUAAGCCGUGAUGCUAUAUGUGCCUCAAUAAAGGACAUGUUUGAGGAGAAAAGAAGCAUUUUAGAACCAGCAGGUGCACUUGCUCUUGCUGGAGCUGAAGCAUAUUGCAAGUAUUAUGGUCUCAAGGGGGAAAAUGUUGUAGCAAUAACUAGUGGAGCAAACAUGAAUUUCGAUAAACUGAGGGUGGUGACUGAACUAGCUAAUGUAGGUCGGCAACAAGAGGCUGUGCUUGCAACUGUUAUGCCGGAAGAGCCUGGAAGUUUCAAAUGCUUUUGUGAACUGGUGGGAUCGAUGAAUAUCACCGAAUUCAAAUAUAGGUGUAACUCUGAUAAAGAGGCUAUCGUUCUAUACAGUGUUGGCGUUCACACAGUUUCUGAACUCGAAGCACUGCAGAGGCGGAUGGACUCUUCUCAACUUAAAACUUACAAUCUCACAAAUAGUGACUUGGUUAAAGAUCAUUUGCGUUAUUUGAUGGGAGGCAGAUCAAAUGUUCAAAAUGAGGUUCUUUGUCGGUUUGUAUUUCCGGAGAGGCCUGGUGCUCUAAUGAAAUUCUUGGAUUCUUUUAGUCCACGCUGGAAUAUAAGUUUGUUCCAUUACCGUGGAGAGGGUGAAACCGGUGCAAAUGUAUUGGUCGGGAUGCAGAUUGAAAGUUGUGAGAUGGAUGAAUUUCAUGACCGCGCCGAUAAUCUUGGAUUUGAUUAUUUAGUGGUAAACAAUGAUAAGGACUUCCAGCUGUUGAUGCAUUCAGUAGAGCCAACACUGCAAUAGAAACCCCGAGUGUUCCUUUGAGUGGGAUCGGCACCAGACUUGUUAAGAUGGCCAGGGAGGGAAAACAGAAAACGUCCAAACGUCGUUCCAGUGGUAGAGAAGUGAGACAAGUUUUCUAUCUUUGUUGUUUAUGAUAGGGUUUUAUUUGUAUCAAAUGAAAACAGCGGGCAGGGUGUUUUCCCUUGCCGUUCCCUCU